AUGGAAGAAGAUAGGGCACAGACGGAUCUCGGCAUCGCCGCCGAGAUAGAAGAAGCGCAGGCGCCGCCCAGUCCGCCUGUUCAAAAGCAGCCGAAGAAGAGAUUCGUAGGACGGAGGACGGCGGCGAGUGCAGCCGGCAAUGGCGCCGGAGGGCCUUCAGUUGAAGAUAGCGGGGCUAUUCAAGUGGCACAACCCAGGAGGGCCCCAAGAUUGCUGAACCAGGUCCCGCCAGAGAUCUUGGAAGACCCGAAUCUCAAGGAGGCUAUGACUCUGCUUCCGGCCAACUACUCCUUCGAGAUCCCAAAGACCAUCCACCGUAUCCGCUCUGCGGGUGCCAAGAAGGUCGCCCUACAGAUGCCAGAGGGUCUUCUCCUUUUUGCGACGACCAUCUCGGACAUCCUUACACAGUUUUGCCCUGGAAUCGAAACGCUUAUCAUGGGAGAUGUGACCUACGGCGCUUGUUGUAUCGAUGAUUACACCGCUCGGGCGCUGGGCUGCGAUCUGCUUGUUCACUAUGCCCACAGUUGCCUGAUACCCGUGGAUGUCACCAAGAUCAAGACACUGUACGUCUUCGUCGAUAUCAGCAUCGACACAUCGCAUCUGCUUGCCACAUUGGAGCGCAAUUUCGCGACGCCAAAGACCAUCGCCAUUGUUGGCACUAUCCAGUUCAACGCUACGAUCCACAGUGUGCGCUCAACGCUGGAGAAGGCCGGUUACAAGAUCCUUAUCCCGCAGAUCGCGCCCCUAUCCAAGGGUGAGAUCUUAGGAUGCACUUCUCCACGGCUUCCGGAUACCGAGAAGGUCGACCUGAUUCUGUACCUGGGAGAUGGCCGUUUCCACCUCGAGAGCAUCAUGAUCCACAACCCGUCCAUACCAGCAUACCGGUACGACCCUUACUCGCGCAAGCUGACACGCGAGACGUACGGCCACGAGGAGAUGCAAUCGCUGCGGCGGGACGCGAUCAAGACAGCCAAGGGCGCCAAGAAAUGGGGACUCAUUCUCGGCUCGCUGGGCCGCCAGGGCAAUCCUCACACUAUGGCCCUGAUCGAGAGCAAGCUGACGCAGAUGGGGAUCCCGUGGGUGAAUCUGCUGCUGAGCGAGAUCUUCCCGGGAAAGCUCGCUCUGAUGAGUGAUGUCGAAUGCUGGGUGCAGGUCGCUUGCCCGCGGCUGAGCAUCGACUGGGGCUACGCGUUUCCCCGACCUCUCCUGACCCCCUACGAGGCGCUGAUUGCCUUGGAGGAACGUCAGGAGUGGAGUGACGGUGUAUACCCAAUGGAUUAUUAUGGAAAAGAGGGACUCGGUCGCACGAAAGGGGUACCACUAAACCGUCUCCUAGGUCUAUCUCUCAAGGAAACCCGGAUGAUUUUCCAGUGCGAGUUCGUCCUGGAUAUCUUCCUCGAGUACCAGGAAGGCAUCGGCGGCAACUCGGCCCCGGAACAUGCCCCCUUUAGACUGCAAAACAUCCUCUGGCUCAUGCAGCUUACUGGCUCACCAGGCAUCACAUCUCGAGUGCAAUGGUCGUGGACUCAAGCACAGCCGGACAAGGAGCACUGGAGUCCGGAUCUCCAUGCCGCCCGAUUCGUGUACAGGUUCGACCGGUGGGUUGACGAUAUCAACGGCGGCUGGGUCAGGAGCGCGGACCGUUAA